GUCACGGGCCGUUAAACUUGUACUUUUAGCUGGAUGUAAGGUGAAUGAUCCAGUUAGGAGAAAACUAACAUGCGAAGUAAAACGGACUCAAAACCCCAUAGAUAAUGUGUUGAUUGUUGUGUGAAAGACCGUGGAAUUUACAUAGACUUGGAUGGGCCAAAGUAACACGUAAACAAAGAUAUCAUCUAAGGAUAUUUUUACAAGUUGCAGGUUUUACACUUACAGCAACGAAGAGUUACAGUAAAAGUGGAAACUUAAAAAAUUCUUAUCAACUUGAAACAAAGAAAGAUCUCUGCAUGAAUUGUUGUGCAUGUUUCAAGAAAAACUUGAAGACGAAGAAUAAGAAAAAUUAGAAUCUGCAGUUAGAAGAAGAGAAUGGUUUCAGAAACUGCUUUAUUUACUCUUCUCUACACUGUUAUAUCUUUAUGUGUACUGGUGCCUCCAACAGAAUUUAUAUCUGCAGGAUUUACAAUUCAACAACUUUUAGGACAUUUUCUUGGAGGAGAGGAUGUAAACUUUGUUGAAUAUCACGUGAAAGGAACCACGCUUACAAUGAUUGCCCAUUCUCUUCUUCCUUUAGGAUACUUUUUUUGUUUUCCUUUAUUUGUGGAGUCUUUUGAAGAACAGAAGUUUUGGCAAGAAAAAUUUAUUUGGGAGGCAGCAGUUGGAAUAUCUGUUGUAUUUCCAACAGUUAUAAUUAUGAUUGCUCUGUACUGGGCUGUGGAAGACUGGAGGCACCACCCUGCUGUCAAAGUUCUAGCACAAUAUGGACAGCCAUGGAGAGUUGUAGCUGCACGGAUAGAUAUGGAAUUUCGAAGGGUAGAUAAAUUUGCUACUGGUACAGGGACUAUGACCAGAGUUAUUGUAACAGAUUCAUGGAUAAUAAAAACAACCCCUUAUCGAUUAUUUAUAAUUCAACAAAGUGAUGCUUCCCUAACUCUUACUGAGAGUAGUGAACAUGCACUUUCACACGUCAGUAACACAGGUAUACAGUUCCUGACUAUUCAUGUCAAUAGCCACAGAGAUCAUGUACCAUCUUUUGAUAUCAGAGUGAACUCCCAAGAAUAUAAUGAUUUGAGGGACAAACUACAAGCACCUUUGGAAAAUGCACGAAAUGUUGUUGUGCAUCGAACUCUGAGUGAUCGUUUUCUGGAAGCAUUCAGAGCUAUUGUCGAGCAAAACUCAAAGUACCCAGUGCCACCAGAUAUUGAGAUUGAUAGUUGCCUUGGAUGUAUGCAAGUUCCAGCCAGUGUGAAGCUACAAAAAUUAUGUGAUGAUCCUUUAGUAGGGGAGUGCCAGCAGUGCUUCUGCAGACCAAUGUGGUGUCUUGACUGUAUGGGGAAAUGGUUUGCUAGUCGUCAAAACCAGAAUAGACCAGAAACCUGGCUGCAAAGUCGUUGCCCAUGCCCGUCGUGUCGAUCAUUGUUCUGUAUGGUAGAUGUCUGUCUUGUUGAAUGAUAAACUGGUUUUAAAUGCGCAUAUUUCAAAUAAAAAGAAGAAAAACUGUUGUUACUGAAAAAAAAGUUUCAAACUUAAAAUUUUUAUUUUGUACCAAUAAGUCUUUUUGUUGACAUAAAAUAUCAGCUGUAAAGGCUGCUUGAUCCUGUUUCACAUCAUCUGUUUUCAAAAUUUAACUUUUUUGCUGCAUGAUGCCAUAGGCUCUAAGCCAUAAUAUCUGUUUCUAUUCAUGCAAAGUUCUAUAUGAUCUAUGGCAUGUACUAACCUUUCUUCCCUAUAUUCCCACACAGGUGUAUUUAUCUUUGCUUCACACAUAAUGUAUCCCAGAGGAAUCCUCAAGUAUUCUAACAGUUAUAUGUUGUAUAGAUCAUAUUUCAAAGUUAUGUGAUUACUGCAUAUCUUCAGCAGGAUAACAUACUUCUACAGAAUUUUUGGGAUAAAUCUUAGGGUUUCUUUGACAUUAACAACUUUACUUCUGCAAGUGUAUGUUGCUGUUUAGUCAUGAGAAAAUAUAAAAUUAAACAUGAUUCUAGAAAAAUCAAAGCACUGUGUGUUGUAGAAACCCCAAAAUACAUCUAAAAUAAGCAUUGAAUACUGGUUGCCUGUAAAGUGUACACUGCAUGUUUGUAUAUCAAAAUACAGUAGAACGUUAAUUUCCUGGAAAUGUUAAUCAACUGAACAGCCAUAGGCCUAAAAUUUUAUAGAUAGAAAACAAUCCACAUCCAUUGUGCUGGAAUUCUAAUCCAUAUUUGUGCAUGUAUACCUAGUGUGCUUUACAAGUAUGGUAAGAAAAUUUUUAAAUGCAUAUGAUAGGUAGACUUUUUCUGUAUGUUUAAGUGUUUAAUAACUGACCAAAAUGCGUAUACAGUUACUUACAAUGUUUACAUUUUUAUCUUUAUUGUGUGUAUUGUGUAUUUUUGUUAUUAGAAGCUUAUACUCUAGCUUUACUCUUUGUAUUGGU